AUGGUUGAUUGUGAAUUUCGAGAUGAUUCGGAUUGUCGUUUCGCUUCGGAUGACAUUAACAAUGACGAAGAUAUAUUAGAUGGAAUCGACAUACAAGGAGGAGGGUUUGUGGAGGCAAUCACUUCUGAGUUGUUAUUAAGAAAGGUUAAAUCUGACGAGGAAGCAUAUGAAUUGUAUAAUAACUACGCAUUCAAGCAUGGUUUUGGUACUAGAAAAGGAAAGAUAGCAUAUAGGGCUGAUGGGAAGACAGUUCGACAACGCAUGUAUUAUUGUUCUUGUUCUGGGUUUAAGAGUAAAAAAAACGUUGAGCCAAAGGCAUUUAGUAAGAAAGAUUUUCGAUGUGGAUGCAAAGCUCUUGUCCAGUUUGAUGUUGACAAAGACUCUGGUUUAUAUAUUCUUGUCAAACAUGUUAUGGAGCAUAACCAUUGUAGAAUACCUAUUUCUAAAAGGCACUUGAUAAGGUCUCAUAGAAAAGUGACACACGACCAACUUGCUAUGCUUAGUAACUUGACAGAAACAGGAAUACCUAUCGCGGAUGCAGUUCGUGUGUUGAAAAAGGAAGCUGGAGCUGCGCAGAAGAAAAAGAAACUUGAUGGUUGUGACUCUAAACAACUCAUUAAGUAUUUCAAUGAGAGAAAAGCAUAUGAGGUAGACUUCUACUAUGACUUUGAGCUGGACGAUGAAGGUCAUCUUGAGUGCUUUUAUUUUCGGGAUAGUAGGAUGAAAAUUGAUUAUGACGCAUUUGGGGAUUUAUUGGUACAUGACACUACAUAUCGUACUAAUAAGUAUGAUAUGAUAUGUGGUCCAUUUGUCGGGAUGAACCAUAAUAAUAAGAAUGUUAUGUUUGGCAUCGGUUUUAUCUUGAAUGAAAAAGCAGUCUCCUUUAUAUGGUUGUUCAAUACCUUUUUGAAAUCUAUGGGCGGGAAGCAUCCGGUUACCAUUAUGACUGAUCAAUCUGCAUCAAUGGCAAAAGCAAUUAGAGAAGUAUUCCCAAAUUCAAGGCAAAGAUUGUGUACUUGGCAUAUUGGUGAAAAUUCUAAGAAGAACAUUAAAAAGUUGAGAGCAAUGGAUGGAUUCACUGAUUUGUUCAACACUGUUUUGAAAUACACCGACACAAUUGCUGAAUUUAAUUACUAUUGGUCGAGCAUGGUCGAAAAGUACAACUGUGCAGAAGUAAAAUGGAUUCAGGACUUGUAUGUCAUUAAAGACUUGUGGUGUCCUGCUUAUUCCAAAGAUUAUUUUAGUGGCGGUAUUUUAUCUUCGCAACGGAGUGAGACCACAAAUAAGUCUAUUUCAAGGAGACUACAUAGUACUCAUGGACUUUGUGACUUCUACAAGUGUUUCAUUGAGGUUGUUGACGAGUGGAGGAGUAAUGAGAACAGGAUGAUUAUGAUACCAUUUCCGGAAACCGUCAUCUAG